UUGUCAGAUCUGUGGACAUCAGUCUAGCACCUCAGUGGCCUAUGUGAGACAUAUGAAAAUUCACAGCAACAUACCCAAUUUAGUACUGCAGUGUUGUAUGCCUAAUUGCAAAAGGACCUUUCGAAAAUGUGCUGGUCUGAAAGCACAUAUGUACAGAAAUCAUAAGGGAUGUGUGAUUGAGUCCAGAGUGAGUGUGUCAGUGGACCUGACAUGCCAUGUUGACUUCUGCAGUGCCAAAUGUGAUUCCUUGACUGAGUUUUAUUCUCACCUUAAAGGGCACAUCAAAGAAGGACGAGCAGUUGCAUGUCCUUUUAAUCAAUGUGAGAAGACAUUUACUGUGGUAUCUACAUUUACUAGUCAUUUGUCCAGAACACAUAAAAAAACUCCAGAGGGGAAUCUAAUUGAGUCAAUCAUUGCCCCAGCAGGUGUAAGUGGAACUAGUGGCACUCAUAAUAAUGGUGAUUUGCUGUGUGACAUGCAGCUUGAUGACGCUGACAAUACUGAGCAUUUGGAGCUCUGGUUUGGGCUCAAAAGAAGACCUCAAGUAUGUGAAACAAGAGGACAUUGCAGACUUACUACCUGUUAUUCAACAGCGAAAACUUAUAGAUGCAUUCAAAAUAGGUAUGUUUGCUUACUGUCACAACAUCACUAUUUCAUUAUACAUUAUAAUAUUGUAUUGCUUUUUUUUAAAGCUGUAUGUCCUAUGUCAUAUUUGUUUUCAUAUUUUAGAGACGGAGAUAAUCACCUUGGACCUCCAAGUCCUGCCGUCCCCUACCACUUCAGUCUGCAGCCACUCUACUACAUUUUCCAGUCCAUCAGGCACAUCUUUGCUCUCCUGCUCGGAAUCUAGUGGUACUGAAGAGAGCCAGCCCUCCUCCCACAGAAAAUCAUGGUCAGAAUCGUUUGAGAUACCAUGGAACGCCAUGCCUGUCGACCUUCGUUCAGACAUCUCAGAUGGUAGGAGGCCUUCACCUACCUCACGACGGCAGAUGGUGAGAGUGAUAACAGAUGAGAUGAGGAAGUAUGAGCCAAACCCAACACGCUCGCAGUGCCUCACAGUUUGCAAAAAAGUUGUUCGUCAGUACCCAAACAGUUUCGCCGAUCAACUUCACAAUGGUCAAGUUCUGGGAAAUGGAUAUGCAUCACUCCUAAUCCAAGUAAAAAAUCGUAUCGACAACCUGAACCGCACCAGCAGCUUUCGACAGCACCGUUCAUCCAGCCAUGGAGAAAAGAGAGGACCUACUGACAUAUAUGGCUGUGCCAGAUUCCAGCCCAGCCUCCCACCAGACGAGAAUGAAAACACAGUAGAGACCAAACGUCAAAAACUAGAAGGGAUCUACAUUCGGGAUGGUAUAAAUGGGGCUGAGAGAGCAGAGGUAAAGCAGCUAAUGGAAACAACUUUCUAUCUGCAGCGGUGCCACAUAAAUGCUCUACCAGCACCAACCAUUGAGGAUUUAAGAACCAAGUGGCCAUACCUGUUCACUCAGAAAGGGCUCUAUGCUCACUUUGAGCAUCUCACUGAUAUCCCUGUGCUGCGUACACUUGAGCUUUCCAUGGCGGAGUUUGGUAGAACCAUUGUGGAACUCUUGAAGACCAAACCCACCAAUGCAGGAGUCAAUGAAGUUCUCUCUCUGGGUGAAGAUGUCCAGCUGUCAUUGCGUGUCAUCCAGCUUCUGAUGGCUCACUUCUCGGAGUCCAUUACAGGACUAAUCCUCCUUGCAAAGGAAUGUGCCACAGCAGCUGACAUUGAGAAGACAAUCUCCAUACCUGAAACUCCUCGUCUGAUACUGCUUGGUAUGUUUACAUCAUUGGACAGGGAAGAAAUACAAUUUUCUAUUAAAGGUUCCAUAUCGUGCUAAUUUUC